UUUACUUUUAUCGAGUUUUGUGCAUUGUAUUUAUAUUCUGUAAAGUGUUUGAGCUCUACCAGACAUUCGUAUUUCUCUACAAUGCUCUGAUUCGAGUCACAUCACAUGAACGGUCAUACGGAAGUGACGUAAUGUUUCUUUGCACACUUUGCGCGAAAACUCAGGUUAGGAAGUAUCUGUCGUAAAGAACCGCAACGUGCCUUCUGAAUUCCGCUCCCGUGUUCGUUAAGGUGUAUUUCAUACUCACUGGGGGACUGUAAGCCCACCUUUCUCUCCAAGUAAAACUUUAUCAUUAUCUAAGCAAAGAUGUCAAGGAUAGAUAAGAUGAGCAUCCUGGGGGUGAGGAGUUUUGGCGUGGAGGACAAAGACAAACAAGUCAUCUCCUUCUUCAGCCCUCUCACCGUUCUGGUUGGACCCAAUGGAGCAGGAAAAACUACUAUCAUAGAGUGCCUGAAGUAUGCAUCAUCAGGAGAACUUCCCCCUGGAGCCAAAGGGGCUGCCUUCGUCCACGACCCUAAAGACGCCCAUGAGACGGAUGUGCGAGCCCAGAUCCGUCUGGUGUUCACCGACGUGAACGGGGAGAAGGUAGCCAUACAGCGCUCCAUGUCCUGCACACAGAAGGCAAAGAACUACACCUUCAAGACCCUAGAGGGCGUCAUAACCCGUAUCAAGCAAGAGAAGAAGAUAAGCAUCUCCUCCAAGUGUGGUGAGCUGGACCGGGAGAUGAUCUCCGGUCUUGGCGUGUCCAAGUCGGUGCUGAACAAUGUCAUCUUCUGCCACCAAGAGGAGUCCAACUGGCCCCUCAGCGAGGGAAAGGCCCUCAAGGAGAAGUUUGACUCCAUCUUUGCAGCCACAAAGUACAUCAAGGCCCUGGAAACCAUGCGGCAGCUGCGCCUGAAGAAGGGCCAGAUCGUGCGGGAGUGCCAGGUGGAGCUACGCUACCUGAAGCAGAUGAAGGAGAAGGCUCUGCAGAUCGAGGAGAUGCUGGCCGCCAAGGAGGCCCAGCUAAUGGCAUCCAGGGACAGCGUGCAGCGGGUCGAGGGCCAGAUCGAGCCCCUCGAGAACCGGCAGAUGGACAUCGACACAAAGCUGGGCAAGGUGAUGAAGCUGGACAACGACAUCAAGGCCCUGGACAGCAGGAGGAAACAGAUGGAGGAGGACAACAAGGACCUGGAGGAGACUAUGGAACAGGUGUUCCAGGGUUCUGACGACCAGCUGCAGGACCUAUACCAGAACCACCAGAAGACGGUGCGGGAGAAGGAGAGGAGGCUGACUGACGGGCAGAAGGAGCUGGAGAGAGCCGCCCGCGAGUGCCAGAGACUCACCAGGGUCAAGUCUGAGCUGCUGGUGGAACAGGGUCGUUUGGACCAGGAGGCCGACCGCCACUCGACCAACAUAACAAACCGCGACGCCCAGGUGCGCUCCCUGUCCUCCUACCUGGAGCUGGACGGCUUCGACCGCACGCCCUUCAUCCAAUCCCAGCUGCAGAGCUUCCACCGCCACGUCACCGAGAGGCUGGAGCAGGAGAAGCGGGCGGCCAAUCAGAUCAUGGCGGACCUGCAGGAGAAGGAGCAGCAGAAGCAGCAGGCCAUGGACGAGACGCGGGACAGGAAGACGGGGCUGGAGAGCGUGGUGGCGCUGAAGAGAGACCUGCAGGCUCGCAAGCAGCAGGAGCUGAGGAACCUGAGGGCCGACCUGGAGCGGCUGGACGGCUCCUCGGGCCGGCUGCAGGAGCUGGAGAACGAGCUGGCCAAGCAUGAGCGCGAGCUGCAGACGGCGGUGCAGAGCUCCAGCGUGGAGGCCCUGAGGGCCGAGGUGGUGCUGCUGCAGGGGGAGCGGGAGGAGCUGGACGCCAGGCGACGGCGGCUGGACCAGGAGAUGGACACGCUCAACACACACACCACCACGCGCACGCAGAUGGACAUGCUGCAGAAAGACAAGACGGAGAAGGAGGAGCAGGUGCGCAGGAUCAAGUCCCGCCACACUGAGGAUCUGGUGUCUCUGCUGGGUCACUUCCCCACCAAGCUGAAGCUGGAGGACUGGAUCCACACCAAGUCUAAGGAGAUCAACGCCACCCGGGAAAAGCUGGCCAGACUCAAUAAGGAGCUGGCCUCCAGCGAGCAGAACAAGAGCUACAUGUCUGCCGAGCUGCGCAGGAAGGAGCAGCAGCUGUCCAGCGACGAGGAGAAGUUCUUUGAAGUGUGCGGCAGCCAGGACCUGGAGCAGGACCUGGGCAAGCUGCAGGAAGAGCUGGAGAAGACCUCCAAGCAGAGAGCCAUGCUGGCGGGCGCCACGGCGGUGUACACGCAGUUCAUCAGCCAGCUGACGGAGGACAAUGGGCCCUGCUGCCCCGUGUGCCAGCGCACCUUCCCCUCGGAGGUGGAGCUCGACGAGGUGGUGAGCGACAUGCAGUCUAAGCUGCGGCUGGUGCCCGACAAGCUGAAGAACACGGAGCAGGAGCUGAGGAGGAAGGAGGGCAGGCGGGACCAGAUGAUGGCUCUGCGGCCCGUCAGGGUGUCCAUGGAGAAGCUCCAGAAGGAGGAGCUCCCCGAGCUGAGGAACCGGCUGCAGGCUGUGAACCGGAGCAUCGAGAGGCUGAAGAGGGACGUGGAGGAGCAGGAGACAGGGCUGUCUGUGAUGAUCUCUGAGGAGGAGACGGCCAAGGCCUGCCUGCAGGACAUCGCACUCAUGGACCGCUUCCUGCUGGACCUGAAGGAGGUGGACAGGAAGAUCGCCCAGCAGGAGGCCAGGCUGCAGGGAGUGGACCUGAGCCGCACUGUGCAGCAAGUCAGCCAGGAGAAACAGGAGACCCAGCACCGGCUGGACACCACCUCCAGUAAGGUGGAGUUGAAGCGCAAGCUGAUCCAGGACCAGCAGGAGCGCGUGCAGAGCCUGCGCAGCGCGGUCAACGAGACGCGCGGCCAGAAGCUGCAGCUGAGCAGCGACAUGCAGCAGCAGCAGGCGCUGACCGCCCAGAGUGUGGAGACCACCACGGAGGUCCAGAGCCUCACCAGGGAGAUCCGGGACGCCAAGGAGCAGCUGGCCCCCAUCUCAGCCAUGUUGGAGAAGCUGCAGCAGGAGAGGGAGGAGCUGGUGGUCCGCAGGAGACAGAAGCAGGACGAGGGACAAGAGAAGAUGAACACCAUCAAGGACAAAGUGAAGAACAUCAGCACGCUGGAGAGAGACAUCAGCAGAUACACGGAGGAGGGCAAACAGGAACACAAAGAGCAAAAAGAAUCGGAGCUCCACGACACCAACGGGCAGCUUCACGAGGCCGAGAAACACAAGGAGAAGAUCACCAAGGAGAUGGGUGCCGUGCGGCAGGACAUAGACACCCAGAAGGUGCAGGAGCGCUGGCUGCAGGACAACCUGACUCUGCGGCGGCGCGGUGAGGAGCUGAAGGAGGUGCUGUCGCGGCGGGAGGCUCUGCUGAAGGACAUGGGCAACAUGCAGGUCAUGCAGCUGCGCCAGGAGCGGCGAGAGGUGGAGCGGAAGGUGGAGGAGCUAAAGAAGACCCGCAGCAUCGCACAGGGUCGCCAGAACGGCUUUGAGGAAGAGAUCCUCCACUGCAGGAAGGAGCUGCGCGAGGACCAGUACAACAAGGCGGACGAGCGUUUCCGGGACAAGAUGAUCGUGAUGAGGACCACUGAGCUGGUCAACAAGGACCUGGACAUCUACUACAAGGCCCUGGACCAAACCAUCAUGAAGUUUCACAGUAUGAAAAUGGACGAGAUCAACAAGAUAAUCCGAGACCUGUGGCGUAGCACGUACAGGGGUCAAGACAUAGAGUACGUGGAGAUCAGGUCUGACGUGGAUGAGAACUCGUCGGCGGGGGUGAAGAGGAGGACCUACAACUACCGGGUGGUGAUGAUGAAGGGAGACACGGCCCUGGACAUGAGGGGCCGCUGCAGCGCCGGACAGAAGGUGCUGGCUUCCCUGAUCAUCCGCCUGGCCCUGGCCGAGACGUUCUGUCUGAACUGUGGCAUCCUGGCGCUGGAUGAACCCACCACCAACCUGGACCGAGAGAACAUCGAGUCCCUGGCCCACGCCCUCGUCGAGAUCAUCAAGAGCCGCUCCCGCCAGCGCAACUUCCAGCUGCUGAUCAUCACCCACGACGAGGACUUUGUGGAGCUGCUGGGCCGCUCCAGCUACGUGGAGCACUUCUACCGCAUCCGCAAGAACCAGGAGCAGAACUCUGAGAUCAUCAAGUGUAGCAUCACCUCCCUCUCCUCCCACCUCCACUGAAACCGUCCCUCGUGCGUGGGUCGAGUACCAGAGCUCUGAGAACCCCCGAGUGUAGCAUCCCCUCCCCUCUCCUGCCACCUCCACCCUGCCAUGCGUGGAGGCUGUUUUUUGUGAUGGUUAAUAAAAGUCUGAAAUGAUAACCACUGGAUGAGUUUGUAAAGAAGACGCGGUCCAUAGAGCUGCUCUCAAGUCCUGGAAUGUUUCAAUUGUUCUUAUUGAAUCCCUGCAUCUGAUGUUUAAAACCGGUUCUAAAAGAGGUUGUGGCUGUCAUUAAGAGACCAUACUGAGCCCUUCGUUAAAGGGUUCAUUUUCUGGGACUUGCAUGUUCUAAUGUUAACAGUAAUAAUAUAUAUAUAUAUAUAUAUCGUCAGAGUGUCACUGUCAAAAUCGAUAUUUUCUGCGGAGCGGCUUUUCGACUGAGACUUCACACUUGUCUGUCAACCAGAAGGCUUUGAUGUUUAAUGGGGGUUUUGUAACUCACAGUUGUCAUGUCCCAUGCUGUUCCCACUGUGGUAAAAUCGAUAAACUACUUUAC